UAGCCGCGCAGCCCUAAUCUCCAUUGCCUCGCAGAGGCGCUAGGACCCGGCGGCGUGUGCGCUGCUUUGCCGGCGGUGCGGCGGCAGCGAGACUCCAGCGCUCUAGCGCUCCCCCAGAUUCCUGCCUGAACUUCCACAGCUGACGUCAGCUUGCAGCCCUGGCUCUCGCCCGCCGCUCCUGACAUUCUGCUGAGAAAAUGCUGCUCUCUGUGCCGCCAAGGACAGGAUUCAGUCCCUACAACGGCUAUAACAACAGAAACAUCAAAAAGCAGAUCUAUGUGUCCUCCUCCCAGCAGAUGGCGCCACCCAGUCCCAGCACGAACAGCAGCAGUAACAGCAGCAGCGGAGGAGGGGAGCAGCUGAGCAAAACCAACCUGUACAUCCGUGGGCUGCACCCGGGCACCACCGACCAGGACCUGGUGAAGCUGUGCCAGCCGUAUGGAAAAAUCGUUUCUACAAAGGCCAUCCUGGAUAAGACUACCAACAAAUGCAAAGGUUAUGGGUUUGUGGAUUUCGACAACCCUGCAGCUGCCCAGAAGGCUGUCACUGCUCUGAAAUCCAGCGGCGUUCAGGCUCAGAUGGCCAAGGUAAUCUUUAAGCAACAGGAGCAGGACCCCACUAACCUGUACAUCUCUAACCUGCCUGUGUCGAUGGACGAGCAGGAGCUGGAGGGCAUGCUGAAGCCCUUCGGACAGGUCAUCUCCACCCGCAUCCUGCGCGAUGCCAACGGGACCAGCCGCGGAGUGGGUUUCGCCAGGAUGGAGUCGACAGAGAAGUGCGAAGCCAUCAUCCAGCAUUUUAACGGCAAAUACAUAAAGACCCCACCGGGGGUACCAGUUCCCUCGGAACCCUUGUUGUGUAAGUUUGCGGACGGAGGGCAGAAGAAGCGACAGAAUCAAGGAAAGUACAUCCAGAACGGGAGAGCCUGGACCAGGGAUGGGGAGACGGGAGGAAUGACGCUAACGUACGACCCAACUACAGCCUUACCGAAUGGGUUCUAUUCCUCUCCCUACAGUAUUGGCCCGAACAGGAUGAUCGCACAGACCUCCAUCUCCCCCUACCUCCACUCACCUGUCUCUUCCUACCAGGUCCACAGCCCCUCCUGGAUGCAUCACCAAUCAUACCUCAUGCAGCCUGCUGGCACAGUACUGACUCCCACCAUGGACCACACCAUGUCCAUCCAGCCCACCUCCAUGAUGGGACCCCUGGCUCAGCAGCUCAGCCACCUCUCGAUGGGCAGCACUGGCACCUAUAUGCCGGCCACCACGACUAUGCAAGGAACCUACAUCCAACAGUACACAGCAGUGCCUCCUUCCAGCGUCGCAGUCGAGGAAAGCAGCAAUCAGCAACAGUCGCAGGUUGCCAUAGAGACGCCGUCUGAACACACUACCUAUUCCUACCAGCACAGCAAGUGAACCCAAGCAGAGGACAGAUUUGUUCAGCAAACAAAUUCAAACAGAAACACAAAAAGGAAUACAGACUGCCAGCUCUGGGGGAAAAAAAAAAAGUCUCUUCAGGACAGAACUUGAGAGCAACAGUUAUUUUCUUUUGAAAAGAAAACACUUAUAUCGUCACAGACUUUUCUUAAGUCGAACAACCAAAGUUGGGAGAUUUCUGUGAAGGAGAUAUCUAUUUUGAUAACAGAAAACAAAUAAAAAGGUUAAAAAAAAAAAUAGAAAAACAAAAAAUGUUAUUUUUGUGCACGUAAUAUAACAAAAUUCUUAUUUUUUAAAACGUUUUGGAGAGUUGCAGAAACGUGUCUUUUUUUUUGGUUUGGUUUUUCUAAAAAGAAAAAAGUUUUUUGUGUAAAAUAUGCAAUCUGUUUUUUUUUUUUUUUUUGACAUUUAUUAGCUGCAGUUAGACAAUUUUGUACAGAUUCAAACCGUGUGAUCAAUGCAUUUGUCAAAUUGUGCGAUGUUGUAGAUUUCAGCAUUUUUUAUAGUUCUUUUAAAAUAGAGAAAAAAAAUACUAACAAAAAAAACGCAGUGUAAAGUAACUUCUUUAUAAUCUGUUCCCAUUAAAAUGAGAAUACAAUGCAGGCAAUAGUAGGGCUGGAUCAAAUUAAAAAGUGACUGUAAUACAAAUAUUUUAAGGCAUUUUAAUUUGACUGGCCACAUUUUUGCAAUUUCUCCCACUCAAAAGAUAUUCAGAACGUAAAAAAGCAAAAGACAAUCAAAGUAUUUAAAUAUAUGGGUGUUUGUGGAAAACAUAACAGCCACAAAUCAAUUCUAGAAAGCAGCUGUUACUGAAUAUUUCAACGGAAAAGCAUUGAACAUGAUUAAAUAAAAUGCAUUCAACUGUUUAAUUUCCGCGAUAUUUCUGAUGAAGAUUAAUUUACGGCCUUAAGGUCUAUUUUAAUGAUCUAAACUGAGUCUAAAUACCACCGCUUUGCAAUGGGAACAGAUUUGAAAAGGUGAUUUGAAGCUGUGUAAGUAGACGUCAAAACGCUAAUGUGAAUUUGCUUGGUUAAAUAGAAUUGUCUUAGUCUAGCGAGUAGUUCCGUACAGGAAAGUAGAAUUGCUAAGAAUCAAUAAAUAAGUAAACACUUGGACUGGCUAGAUCAGGGUCCAUCAACGCUUUUUUAUUUGAGGUUAGGGGAGUAAAAGUGAGGAAGGGGGCAGGGGGGGUCGUUUAUAGAUUUUGCUUCACAAUGCUGCUGAUUUUUUCCUGUUUCUGUUUUUUUUUUAAAGAGAGAAUUAAGAAAUUUUCUUUGACUUUGGCUUUUAAUUCACUUGAACCUUUUUUUUUUAGAUUGUCGUUUUUGUUUUCGAAAAGAGGAAUUUCUUCAAGAUACAGUUUCUUUUAAAAAGUAGUUUUUAGGUAUUUUGUAGGAACACACGUAAAAUGUUUUAGGAUCUUUUACUUUUUCGAUUUCUAGGACUUUAAGUCUGUUGAGUUUGUGCGCAGCGAAUGCAAGCAGUCGGGUGAAGUUCUGUAUUUCUGUUUUGUACUGACAAACGUGUUUUGCUUUUUUUAAAUUUUUUAUUAAUGUUGAUAUUCAUUGUUAAAAUCAUAUUGUUAAAAAAAGGCCACCAAUGUUGAGGGAUUAUUUGCAAUGUCAGCUGUAAAAACAAAUUUGAAAACCAUCUACAUUCUGCAAUAUAUAUAUUAGGGCUGUCAAUUAAUCGCAGUUAACUUCUGUAAUUAACGCGUACAUUUUUUGGGAGAUACGCACGUUAAGCCCACUCCCGUCUUGUCCCUCUUAGCACACCGUAAUUAAUUUCCUGAUGCACCAUUUUUGUGCAUGCCAGGACUGAAUGAGUGUAGUCAUUGUCUGAAUAUAAAGUUAGUCACAGAACCGCAUUAUGUAGUAAAGCACUCAAACUGAAGGACUUGUGAAUGGGAAGUUUUCUUAACUUUCUGACGGUUCAUUGGCUAGAAAGAGGGUUACUCGUAUCUACUGUCAAAGUGAGUUCCAGUAUCACAGAAGUGCAUCUGCUGUACCACCUGCGUGCUAAACAUGCAUCCGCUUCUCUAAAUACACUCUUGUAGUUUUAGGUCUGCUACAGACAACAAUACAACAGCAAAUGAAACCCGUCAGUUUCGACAGAGUAACUUUUUCGGAAAUUCAAGAUCGCUGCAAACCCAUGAAUCAAGCUCAGUACGAUACUGUAACAUUGCAGCUUUGUUUCAUUUCAGUAACUACAUUGUUUUUUUUAAACAGUAUAAUUUACAGUUAUGGAGGAUAUAACCGUUGCUCAGUAAAUGUUUAGUUUUAUUUAGGCAAUUUCAAGUUAUUAAUAAAAAAGAAUUUAAAAUUAUUAUUAUUAUUAUUAUUAUUAUUAUUAUUAUUAUUUAAAUGGCAAUGAAAAACAUCCGUUUUAUGAGUAAAGGAAACCGAUCAUUGUAAAUGCAGUAAGGGAAGUAAUAAAGUAACUCUCUUGUGAUUUUACAGUUGAUUCAAACAAUUUAAUAUCAAAUGCUGGAUUGCAAAUAAAUAUAAAACUAUAGAGAAUCCAGAAAUAGGAAAAUAGGGUUUUAUGCUGGGUUGUUUUUUGGAUAAUAAUAAUAAUAAUAAUAAUAAUAAUAAUAAUAAUAAUAAUAAUAAUAAUAAUAAUAAUAAUAGCAUCAGUAAUAAAAACAAAUUUAAAUGAGAUGGAUGCAGUAAUUGUAUCAAUUAAAUAUGCGAUUAAAACCAAGAUUAACUGAGAUUAAUUUUUUAAAUCUCAAGAUUAAUCGAGAUUCAUUUUUUCGAUUGACAGCCCUAAUAUAAAUAUUUAUCAAUUAACCUUCUUAGAAUUGACGUUUUGUACGUUUGGCUGUUAUUCUUGAGAAACCAAAAAAUAAUUAAAUAAAUAAAUAAAUAAAUCAGGAUUUUAUUUUUUUACUAAUAUUAUUAUGAUUAUUAAUAAAUUGUCCUGCUCAUAAUUGUAUUCACAUGCAUCAAGCUCAGCAGCACCACGUGAAGACCAGGGGCCAGCUUCACAAAGUACUGCCAGCACUGAGCAGGCAGUUUCAACAAACAAUAUUUUAAGAUAGAAUGAAAGUUUAGAACGGCUUUGUGAAACUAGCCCCAUGUUUUCACAUCACCGGCAUGUGCAAGCUCUUUGAAAUAAAGCAGAAAUGAGUUAUUUGUUAGAGCUUUUGUGCUCUAGAAUUUUGCACCUAAAAAAAUAAAUCUAAAAACCCACACGUUGCAAAUGAAUUCUCAGUCCGUGGCCCGAACACAAAGCGAUAGACAGAGUUUGCAAGUGCUGAACAGGCUUUUGAGAUGCUGUUUAAAAUGUAAUAUAUUACUUGAAAAGUCAUGAAAUGCUAUCACAUCCAUACGCUAUGUGCAUACUGUAUACAGAUACGGGAAAUGAUGCAGAAACAUGCAAAUUUAAAAAGAAAAUGAUUAAGUGGAAGGGCUAUUUCCAAAAUCAUAAUUCUAGCCCCAGCCUGUGUUAAUUAUCAUGUGUCUGUAGUUUUAUAGCAGGUGCUAAGUGCUUGAUUGCAUCCAGGCCUUAAUUCUUUCUCUAGCCUUCUGUUUCAGAAGGUGUUCAAAUCUACUUCCAAUUAGAGAGUUUCCUUUUUUUUUUUCUUCAUUAUUUUUCCGUCCAGCAUUUUCGAUGUGUCAGACUUUUUUUUUUUUUGUUUGAUGUUAGGACUACAUAUAAUCGCUUUAUAGCGGGGCUGAAUCUGCGUGGGGUCUAGAAAUUGCACAUGCAAAAAGAAAAAAUCCAUAUUUUGUUUCCUAUUACUCCUCUAUAGAUUGGUUGUUUUCAAACAAGUCAUGUUUGAAAACUACUGCUAUGUACAGUGCAAUACUGACCGCAAACGCAGAUACAGCCCGUUUAGAAAACCUAUUUUUCGUUUGUGUGUUACCAAAGACUCAGAAGCCAUUCACCAGUCAGAAAGCUUUAUCGUCAACGUUGAUAAUAGCUGGACCAUCCUUUCAUUAGACACUUUUGUGAUUUGUCUUGUUUUUGUACAGAUAUACAUAUUACCUUUACAGGUUCUCAGUGAUGCACCCAUGAAGGACAGAGUGUUUGUUUCUUGAUCAAAGUUUGUAUCAGCCACUACGUUAAGUAUGACAUAAAAUAUAUUAAACGGUUUUGAAACUAUGAAAUUACAGUUGUAGAACGCUUAUUUACCUGGUAGGGGGCUGUUCCAGCGAUCACCCUCCCCUCCCUCGACACAGCAGCUUCAUUCAGGUCUCUGACGAGAAUGGUUUGUAAAUCGUUCUCGUUGCACAGCAAUGCUCAAAAAUGCCACCCAUUGUUGUGAACUAAAGAAGAACAAUGAGGCAAAUUCAUCAGUCUUGGUGUUUCAAAUGUUGGCACCUUAGCAUUACAAAAACACAUUACAAAUGAAAUCGAGUCCGCUUUCAAGGUUAUUUUCAUAGUUUCAAAACGUUUGCUGCUGCUAAUGGUGUGAAAGUCUAGUCUGUAAAUUGUGGGGAGCAUGCUGGAUGUUUCUAUAAAAGGUUUAUUUGGGAGAAACCUGGAGGCUGCAAAAAAAAAAAAAAAAAAUUCAACGCUCAAGUUAUGUGUUCAUUAUUUUCCAUGCAAGAUAUGUUUGGGAUUUUACGUCUGUAGCAUAUCUGUAGUUUUUAAUUAAGAGUUAAACUGUAUUCCACUCAUUGAUAUGGUUAAGUGCUAGAAUUUUAGAUUAGAUUUGCUUCACAGACUCUGAUAAUCCAGCACCAAUUCUGGACGACCUAAUGUUAAUUUACACUAGUGUAAAAUCAGGGGUCUGUGAAACUAGAUGCAUGUGUUGUCUCGCAGUCAACGCUUAUCUGCGGAUAUAAUAGAAAAGUAACAUUGGCCCCAAGUCACAGAUUUAAGUGCCUUUAGAGCUUCCGCUUACCCUGGCCAUCAGCAGUCUGGCUUCAGCCUGGAUCCAGCUAGCAAGACCCUUCGGUACGUGGAAACACAACUGGACUUUUUUUUUUUUUUUUUUUUUUUAAACCUGGUAAAGACAAGCCUUCAGGUUUCUGCAAUCCAUAUUCAAUAACAAAAAAUGGCCCAUCUCUCACAGUACAGCUGUCUGUUAAUGCAUUUUUUUUUUUU